AUGGCUUUGAUAGCCGACUCAGUUGUUCAAAUUCGUCUAAUACCAAAAUUUUACCAGACACCAGGGAGCGAAUUCACCUUUGUAAAAGAUGAAACUGGUCAAACUGCUCCAAAGGAUGGGAAACUUAUAGCUGGUGAAGACUACAUGUACAUGAAAGAUGAUGGAAAGAGUAUAGACCAACCGUCUGAUCCAUAUAGCCAGAUCAGGCAAACACAAGAAAACCAAUCCAUUGUGGCGCCAUUAGAUAUGAAUAUGAAGAAGCUAUGGAUUGACAGGAUGGAGAAAGGUUUUCUAUCUCUUACUGGAAAUAAGAAUUCCAGAGCUGACAUGAGGACUUCUGCUUGGAAAGACAAAAUGCCAGAUGAGGAGGCUUGGAUGUAUUCUCGUAUGCGAUUAGCCGAGCGCGAGCGAGAGUAUCUUAUAGAGGCAAGUUAUUAUUCUAGAUUGUCAUGA